CAUUUGGUUAACUUUUGUACAGUCACUAGUUUCUUUAAAUUGUUCUAAUUUUCAUUUCUGAGUUACCAGUGUGCAGGUGCUGCUUCUGAAGGACAUCUGGCCACGCUCAAGCAAAGGAUGUGCCCCAGGAACUGAAACUGUUAAAUACAGGAAGUGGCCAAUUGGGCCAUACCAAUUCCUGCCACCUCAUAGGGAGAAACUGUUAUUUUUCCGUUUAGUUAUAUUGUUUGUUUCUCUUGAUUAAAAAUUUAGUUUUGGUAUUUUUGGUUUGGUUAAUUUAGUUGAGUUAACCUUUUUUGGGGGGAAUUAUUCUGUUUUGUUAUUUAUUGCUUAGUUGGUAGUGUUUGUCUGUCUGUCAUCCCUCUUGUGUUUUAAUGGUCUGAUCAGCCAGUAUAUAUGUUCCCCAUUGUGUCUACUUUGUAAGGUCUGUUGUUGGUGUUAAGGUCACUUAAGUUCAGUUUUGUUUAUUUGACCUCUUUUAUAGACCCCUUCACGGCCAACGUCAUCAAAUAGUUGCGCGCGCACUUUGGCAACGGAAGUGGUGUUGUUCCCCAGCGUUCCCCAGCCGUUCUGACCGACACAGACGAGAUAGCAAGCAUUUAAAAGUGGAUAAAAACUGUUUCCAGCAUCAAAAUGUCUGGUUGUUGCGUGUACGGUUGUCAGAAUCGAUAUUCCACCGGCAGACUAAAGUUUUACAGGAUUCCGACAGGAUCACGACCGUUUCAGAGCAACCGGCGGCGUCUGUGGCUGCAAGCGAUUAAACGUGUUGACUGGAAUGAGGACAUAAUCAAAAAUGCUCGCGUCUGCAGCGCCCACUUUGUAUCAGGUGAGGCAUCAUUGGACUCUAGUAGUCCUGAUUUUGUGCCUUCUGUGUUUGUGUACACAAAACAAAGCCAGAACCCCGAGGCAAAGAUGGACAGGUACCAUAGGAAAAGGAGGAGAGAUGACAGACCUAACACUGCAGUAAAUCAACCUGCUCAUUCUGAAACUCCAGAACAAGAAUGCAGUAUGGAUCAUUGUCCUGCUGAGGAGGAUAUCCCAGUUCCAAGGAGAGAGUACGAUGAUCUGAACCUGAGACACAGUCAACUUCAGGAGGAGUAUGUCAACCUGCGACAGGAGUUUGACACACUACGAGCUGAAAAUGUAAAGCUGAAAGAGGAGCUGCAAAAAUCUACAUUUUCCUAUACCACUGUUAAGUGCAACAUUGGACAAUUGAUUUUUCUCACAGGACUGACCUCCGUGAUCUUUGAGUGGCUGCUUACAAAAAUAACGUGCAGCGUACAAAGAAUUAGCCAAAAACUUACAGUAGAGGACCACCUAUUGGUUAUAUUGAUGAAAUUAAGGUUGGGCCUAAGUAAUACUGACUUGGCAUAUAGAUUUAAGGUAUCAAAAACCACCGUAUCAAAUAUUUUGCGGAGCUGGGUCCCUGCUAUGGCCAUGGUCCUCAAGCCACUCAUUAAAUGGCCAAGUAAGGGGGCAAUACUUAAAAAUAUGCCAAAAAUAUUCAAGCGCAACUUUAAAAGAUGCCGGUGCAUAAUAGAUUGCACUGAAAUUUUCAUAGCUAGACCCAGUAAUCUGACUGCCAGGGCCCAGACAUGGUCAAAUUAUAAACACAACAACACCAUUAAAUAUUUGAUUGGCAUCACUCCAGCUGGUGCAAUUUCAUUUCUGUCUCCUGGGUGGGGUGGACGGGUUUCAGACAAGCAGAUCACUAAAGAGUCAGGUUUCUUCAAACUUUUGGAGCCUAAGGAUGAGGUUUUAGCAGACAGAGGAUUUCUCAUCAGAGAUGAGCUUGCGGCUUAUGGUGCAACCCUUCGUAUCCCUCAUUUCACCAAAGGAAAAAAGCAGCUUUCUGCACAGGAAGUGGACACAUCUAGACAACUUUCUCGUGUGAGGAUCCAUGUGGAACGAGUUAUUGGUCAGUGGAAGAACUUUAAGAUUUUGCAAACAGUUAUUCCAGUGUCGCAGGUUAACAUACUAGAUGAUGUUGUGACUGUAUGUGGUGCCCUCACAAACCUCUGUAAGAGUGUUGUUCCCAAAUGAGUUACCCAUAACCAUGUAUGAGUUAUAAAGUGAUUUACAUCUGUAAAACAUGUAUUUACUGUACUUAAAACUUAAAACUGUACUUAAAACUGAAUUAUAAUAAACCUUCCAACAUUGGCUGCCACUGAUGUGUCUAAUGGUCCUUUUUCCCCCAGAUUAUC